GUUGAGACAGGUAUGCGUCUCCCUCAGUCUCUCUCAGACUGGGCAGUGUACUUGGGUAGGCUACAGGUUAGGUUCGAAUCCCUCUCGUCGAGGAUAGAAGGGAGUAACACUCGCUGGAAGAAGGAAACACGUGCCAAUUUGUCUCUUUUGCAUCAUAUAUCACUGCUGCAGUCCAUCACUUCUUCCUCUCUGGAGAACCACGCCCACCUGUCACCAGCCAGCCAGUCACUCCCCAGCCUCCGGGCAUAUAUCAUUCCUUUGUCUCCUUCCCUGUCAACGAACGCGGGCUGCAAUAGUGGAGUGGUUAGGUCUCCACUACCAGAACGAUGCAGUCUGCUUGGUCUGGUCAAAAAUCUGCCCGCGCUCGAUCCCUCUGGUUCUCAAAAAUAA